AUGGAUCAGGGAAAUUACACCAGAGUGAAAGAAUUUGUCUUCCUGGGAAUCACCCAGUCUCGAGAGCUCAGCUGGGUCUUGUUUGCCUUUUUGUUUCUGGUGUACGUGACAACUCUGCUGGGAAACCUCCUCAUCAUGGUCACGGUGACCUGGGACUCUCGUCUCCACACCCCCAUGUACUUCCUGCUCCGUAACCUGUCAGUUCUUGACAUCUGCUUCUCCUCCAUCACAGCUCCUAAGGUCCUGGUGGAUCUGCUGUCAGAGAGGAAGACCAUCUCCUUCAAUGGCUGUAUCUCUCAGAUGUUCUUCUUUCACCUGCUCGGGGGAGCGGAUGUCUUUUCCCUCUCUGUGAUGGCAUUUGACCGCUACGUGGCCAUCUCAAGACCCCUCCACUAUCUGACCAUCAUGAGUCGGGGGCGCUGCACCGCCCUCAUCGCGGCCUCGUGGGUGGGGGGCUUCGUCCACUCCAUCGUGCAGAUCUCCCUCCUCCUGCCGCUCCCCUUCUGCGGACCCAACAUCCUGGACACUUUCUACUGCGACGUCCCCCAGGUCCUCACACUCGCCUGCACUGACACUGCUGUCCUUGAGCUCCUGAUGAUUUCCAACAAUGGCUUAGUCAGUUGGUUCAUAUUCUUCUUCCUCCUCAUCUCCUACACAGUCAUCCUGACGAUGCUGAGGUCGCACGCCGGGGAGGGCCGGGGGAAAGCCGUCUCCACCUGCACCGCCCACAUCACGGUGGUCACCCUCCACUUUGUGCCCUGCAUCUACGUCUACGCCCGGCCCUUCUCCGCCCUCCCCACCGAUAAGGCCGUCUCUGUGACCUUCACUGUCAUCUCCCCUCUGCUGAACCCCCUGAUCUACACCCUGAGGAACCAGGAGAUGAAGGCGGCCAUGCAGAGACUGAAGAAACAGCUAGGGCAUUCAGAAAGGGUUUAG